AUGCUACCAUAUCUUUAUACAAGCGUGGUCGCGUUCCACUUUUUAUGUAGGAUUUCAGAGCUUCAACGAAUAAAGGAUGACGAGCGAGUGAGAGAGAUGUCUAAGGCGGAAGAGGAAUGUCGUCGAAUGCGAAACAAUGCCACUCGGGAAUACAAUGAAGCAUUAGCACAAACGCAAAGAAGAAAGAAGUGGUUAGAGGAUCGUCAAAACGAAGACGAUAACAUGACAGAAAUUCGUAAUGCCAUCUGUAGUGAUCUGCUGACUGAAAAUCCGAACCAGGCCAUCUCUCAAUUUGGUCCAAACCGCCAUAUUCCAGAUAGAUUCAAGGGUUUUUCAGCUGGGAAACUCUACGACAUCAGAAAGGACCAGCUCAAACAACAGGAAGAAAAAAGGGUAAGUGACAUAUAA